CUGGUGUUGUGAAAAGUCACGGGCUACGGCAGUGAGCCCGAUCUUCCAGCAAGCAGUCACUAAUGGCUGCGACUGUAACUUCUAAAAAGCGCAAGCGCAAUCUAGACGACACUCAAAGGGUGUCCUUUGUACUCUCAGACCAGCCUGCAACGCAGCUGGGUCCCGUUCUUGCUAAUUUCCCCUCCGUCAAGCCCACAAAAUCCACUGCUUUCAAAUGCUACAAGACAAAGGCACAAAACCCGACGACGGACAAUGAGGAAGUGCCGUUCGCUGAGAUGCCGAUGCUGAUUGCGGGCGAGACAGAAGCUGUGGACUUUUACUCCUCUGAAGAGACACAACGAGGCUCACUUGGCAGCAGAUACCUUAUCGGAGUGCAUAAUAAACGCACUGGCAUUACAACCCUUCGAGCUGCUCCGUUGCACAUCCUCACACAUGAUGUUAAAGCCCUCAAGGGUCUCCAACCUGCAGCUGUUUCUACUCUUCAGCGGCUUGAGGCCCGGGCUGCACUGGGUGAAACGUUCGGCACCAAGAAGGCAAAACUCGCCAUCCGCGCGCAGGAGCGCAACAAAGUUGACGUUUCUGCAAUGGAGGGUGUUGCAGAUCACCUCCAAGAGAGUAUUCUAAAGAACACAUCUACACUACCAUCAAAAGAUGAAGCAAAAGCGAAUGCGGACAGUGCUCGUUUAGUUCCGCAGUACGACAUUGACGCUCUCAAUCCGAGCGAUAUUUAUCCCUUGCACAACAUGAUUCCAAAGCCUGAAUGGAAGGCGUUGUCUAUUUCUGCUUACAUGGGCGCGGGCGGUAGUGCCGAGCGGGUCGCUCUUCUCCCCUACAAGCGUUCCAACUGGAUCAAUGACCAUUUAGCGCUUGUAUUUGCCUCUCCUACACCGAACAAGACUACCAUAAAAAUGCUCGUAUACAUCUCAGCAAUGAUCGCAUUCCACAAGGCCACCUUUAAAGAUAUCGACAAGGCCGCCAUUCAACAAAAGCUCUCUAUCGUUCCUACCGUCGUUGUUGACGGACUUCUAUCACGGUUCACAGAGACUGCACGUGCAUCCAUGGAGACACGAAAGACAUCUGAAAAAGCGACUAUGCUUCUGACGCAUAUGUUUGCAUUAUGCCUUCACGUUGACGAUUUUGCGACUGACACAAGCGUUCUCGCUGCUGAUUUGAGCAUGGAACCGGCGAAGGUCAAUGUUUUAUUCAGGUCCCUAGGCUGCAACAUCAACAAGUUAACACAGUCCGAUUUGAAGCGUUUGGGUCUUCCCGAUUCUGCGGGAGAAGUCAAAAGGGCCAUUCUAAAGACACCUCUAGAGUUCCCGAAGCCCCGGAUGAGACGGCGGGCGUAAUACCUAAUUGCCUAUAUUCGGGAGCAUCUCAAUGCAGUAUCCGACCUUCAUUUUCUUCCAUGGAGUCGAUGAGAUAUUUCCUAGGCCCUGGAAGGCGUUGGAAUGAUAUUGUCUGUGUAACGAAGACUUUCGGUCAGAGUUGCCUUGCGUCUCAGAGGCAUAUUUCGGGGGUCA